AAUCCUGAACGUUGUCAAGCAAGCUUGAGAAGAUUGUUUGCCAGGUCACCCUAAAGUAUUCGCGUCCACUGAGUGCUCGAGACCCUCCACAAAUACCGGAUGCUGCUUCAGCCUGCCACAUACAGGUGUCGUAUUGAGUUCUAUAUGCCUCCAUUAAUGACUAGAAGCAGGUCAUCCAUCUUCGGUCUCCCUCACAUCAGUCAUUGCUGCGCAGAUGUCUGUCGCGUAUGAAACGCAAGUUCGAAUGACAUGAUCGAGGCGUUGUACUUGAGCCGAAUAGGCUUGAGAGUUCUCACCGUCUUCGAUGGCGUCUCGCUCGGUGUGGGUAUUUUUAGGCAUUCGUCCCCGUCCAGCCUUCUCGCGAAGAAACUUCACAAAUUCCCCGGCUCUCGAUUGGUCACAACACGUAUUUACACUGUUCUGCGCUAACAACAAGUCCCACAUUUUCGGGUCAUAUGCACGCGAAAUUGCCUCCAUUCUCUCGCCCCAUCUACUUGAUAGAUCUUUCCCGAUACACGGGCACCCGUCUCGAUUGAUUGGCAGGUUGACGUUCUACACUGCUCGUUGCAUACGUCUGUCCAUCGGUCUUCUCUCAAGGAUUGCUGCGCAUUCUCACAUCUUUGUUUGGCUCUAUUCAAAUAUCUCCAUUCUCGUCAUCACUGUUCCCUGAGACGACGAAGAUGUUCAAGUCUGCACUCACGCUUGCAUUGCUGCCUCUUGUAGCUCUUGCUUCCCCACAGUACGGCGGUGGUUAUGGCGCACCCGCAGGUGGUUCCACAACGUCCUCGUCCGCAGCUCCAGCCGCUUCGGCACCUGCUGACACUGCUGGACACCACAACGUCCAAGUUGGCGCCAACGGCUUAACCUUCGAGCCUGCCAACAUCACGGCUUCCGUGGGCGACUUGGUGACCUUCCUUUUCUCAUCCUCUACGCCUCACUCUGUGACUCAGUCGACAUUCGCUGACCCUUGCACGCCGCUGACCGGCAGCAAUGGCACCGGCUUUGACUCUGGUGUGACAACGGGAACUCAAUUUACCAUCAACGUCACAGACGCUUCCAAACCGAUUUGGUUCUUCUGCAAGUUCCCAGGUCACUGUGGUGCUGGAAUGGUUGGUUCCAUUAACGCGCCAUCGAGUGGCAACACCUUCGACAACUUCUUGUCAAACGCUAAGCAGAUCGGUUCAUCUGAACCCAGCAUCUCCGACAGUGGCGCUGUCACUGGUGGUGUAGGUGCCUUGGCCACUGCUGGUCCUACCUCCGCAUCUGCGCCAGCACCCAGUAGUACCGGUGGUUCUAACUCGUCUGGUGCUGGCCGUAUCGCUGUGAACGGUGGUGUCGCAUUGGUCGCCGCUGCUGUUGCUUUUGCCUUUGCUGCUUAGAGCAUAGAACCACUGGUGGUUUGCUAAUAUUCUGACAUAGACCAUACUAUAUUCACGUAAUGAUACCUCUGAAGACUUCGCAUUCGCGUCAAAAUGUUAUGAUCUUGUUCUCAUCCUCCGCAUCAUUCUCAUGCCUUGGAAGAUUCCUUCAGACAUAUCUGGAUAUACUUCUCGGCUUAACUUUAUUCUUAGGAGCUUUGAAUCUUCGUGUAUACACGCUUAGGACCAUCAUGAUGUCCACCUUCCCAAGUGUCUUUUUUUUUUUGUAAAGUGCCAUGCUCAAUCAAUUGUGAGUUCUCCGUU